GUUUUGAAUUAGUUGGUUUUGAUUGCGCCGGUUAUGAUUUUACCGUACCGUAGCUGCGAGUAAAUAAUAUAAACGGCCAAGAUGAAGGGUGAAGUUUGUGAUCCAUGGUCCCCGCAUCGGCCGUUAAUCCUCUCUUUUGCUUUCUCUGAAUAAUUUUUUUUCUCACCAUUCAUUGUGAUCUGAGUGUCUUGUACCGUUCAUGGUCGAAUCCGAGACCCGUCGCGUUUUGAUCUGUGUUUGAGAGGAGCCCUUUUCGUGUUUCGUGAAUUCUUGAAAUUUUUCUGAUUGCCACCGUUUUGUUGUUGUUGUUUUUUUUGUUAAUAUAUAUAAGUAUUUUAGAUAAGAGGGGAAAGAUAUGUCUAAUUUGUAUGGAGAUUAUAACCAAAAGAUCGAUUACGUAUUCAAAGUUGUGUUGAUCGGUGAUUCGGCGGUUGGCAAAACUCAGCUGCUUGCUAGGUUUGCUAGGAAUGAGUUUAGCGUCGAUUCUAAAGCCACCAUCGGUGUUGAAUUCCAGACUAAAACGCUCGUCAUUGAUAACAAAACCGUCAAAGCUCAGAUUUGGGAUACCGCUGGCCAAGAAAGAUAUCGGGCGGUGACAAGCGCAUACUACCGUGGAGCAGUUGGAGCAAUGUUGGUCUAUGACAUGACCAAACGUCAAUCAUUCGAUCACAUGGCGAAAUGGCUGGAAGAAUUAAGAGGACAUGCGGACAAGAACAUAGUGAUAAUGCUAAUCGGAAACAAAUGCGAUCUCGGAAGCUUAAGAGCAGUGCCAACAGAAGACGCACAAGAGUUUGCACAAAGAGAAAACUUGUUCUUCAUGGAAACCUCAGCUCUUGAAGCUACAAAUGUCGAAACAGCGUUUUUGACAAUCUUGACAGAGAUAUACCGUAUAAUAAGCAAGAAAUCACUAACGGCUGAUGAUGAUGACGCCGAUGGUAAUUCAAGUCUCUUGAAAGGAACUAGAAUCAUCAUCCCUAGUGAGCAGGAGAGUGGGAAAAGAGGUGGAUGUUGCGGCAAAUCGUAAUUCUUUUACUAGACGAAAAGAGAAACUACUGUAUUUUUUUUGGUUCUUGUUGUUUUUUUUGGUUCCGUUUUAUGAUUCGUGUUAGGCCAUUUGUUCUUUGAAACGAAACAAUAAGCCAAAGGUUUACUAGA